AUGAGCCUCGUCACCGCUCACCGAGCCAUUGCUUUCCUCCGCGAGCCUCGUCACUGCUCAUCAAGCCUUUCCUUUGACUGUUCUGCCGUGUUGAUUACUGUUGAUGAUGCAUGUUAUGUCCCUGCCUUGUUGCUCUUGUUGGUGCCAGUGCCUUGUAUUGCUGUUGUUGAUACCAGUAUUGUUGCUCCUGCCUGUUAUGGUGCCAGUAUUGUUGCUCAUGCCUUUGCUGGUGUGUUUCCGUUGUGGUCACGCCCGUUGACCUUGCCUUUGCUCUUGACUUGCUUUCCCUUACCUUACCUUAUUUUUUUGAGGGUUCCUGUGUUCUGCCUUAUCUACUGCCGUGCUCACAGGGUUUUUGUGUUCUGUCUUAUCUGCUGUCGUGCCCACAAGGAUUUCUGUGUUCAGCUAUGUGCCCUAUUUUUUAAGGUUUGCUCUUGUGUUUCUGCUGCGAAUUUUGCUUUAGUUUGUCACUUGUUUCACUCGUGGCUGACAAAAAGACCUUCUUUACAAUUGGUGCUUCUCAAGUAUGAUGUUCUGUGA